AUGCCUCAAUUUGCUUUGAGGCAUUGCUUGGUUAUGAAGGAUGCAGCAACUGAAGACCCAUCACCAGAGUUUUUUUCAUGGAUCAGAGCAAACGGCAUUAAAUUCUUGAACUUCGGAAUCGGGGAAAUCACUGCGCCAUGGGAUCCAGAGAUUGAAAGGAAUGUUAUCGGUGCUUUGCAGGCAUUGGCUGAGGCCUCAAACGGGCGGAUAUUGGUAACUUGUACCAUGGGAAGGCAUCGGACAGGUACUGUGAUCGGGUGUCUUCGGCGGUUACAAAACUGGAGUAUAACCUCAACUUUCGCAGAAUAUAGGAGAUUUACAGGUGGCAAUAGGUACAGGGUGAUAGACGAAUUGCACAACAUCGAACAGUUCAACCGGAGUUCCGUAGAAUUGCCGGAAUUGGAAGACCGACAGGCGUGGCUGCAAGAGGCAUAA